UCCUUUAAAAAUUGCCGACCCACCCUCAGUUCUUAUUUCUCCUCAAACAUCCCGCCGCUAAACUGCAGCAUCUUGACUAUUGGAUUCUAAACAAUCAGCAAAUCAAAUCAAAAUCAGGAAUUGGUAGCUAUGGCUGCAAAUAUGUUUGUGGUUCCUCAGACAAAAGGCACUGUCUUGUGUUGCAAAUGUGGUAUUUUGAUGGCUCUGAAUCCUGCCAAUAUGUGUGUGACCUGUUUGAGGUCUGAAGUUGACAUCACGGAAGGUUUACGAAAACAUGCCACUAUUAUGCAUUGUCCUGAGUGUGAUAGCUACUUGCAGCCCCCUAGAACUUGGUUAAAAGCUCAGCUCGAAUCGAAGGAGUUAUUAACGUAUUGUGUGAAACGACUCGAGACCGAUUUGAAAAAAGUUAGGCUAGUAAAUGCCGAGUUUAUUUGGACCGAACCCCAUUCUAAGAGAAUCAAGGUCAAGCUGAAAGUUCAAAAAGAGGUUCUAAACGGAGCGAUUCUAGAGCAAUCUUAUGUUGUUCAGUAUGUUUUGCAAGAUCACAUGUGCGAAUCUUGUACAAGGUUUCAAGCAAACCCGGAUCAAUGGGUGGCUUCCGUGCAGCUGAGACAACGAGUUUCACACAGACGCACUUUCUUUUAUCUCGAGCAGCUCAUCCUAAAGCACGAUGCUGCAGUCCAUGCUAUCAAAAUCAAGCAGAUGGAUCAGGGUAUCGAUUUUUUCUUUGCCAAUAAGAGUCAUGCUUUGAAAUUCGUGGAGUUUUUGGAUAAAGUUGCUCCAACAAACCGUAGAGAGAGCAAACAGCUUGUUUCUCACGACCCUAAGAAUAAUAGCUACAAUUAUAAGUAUACUUUCUCUGUUGAAAUAUCCCCGAUUUGCCGUGAGGAUUUGAUUUGUUUGCCUCCUAGACUUGCUGUUAGUUUGGGGAAUCUCGGACCGCUCGUGAUCUGCACGAAAGUAACAAACAACAUUGCAUUGCUCGAUCCACUUACUCUAAGGCAAUGUUUCUUGGACCCUGACCAGUAUUGGAGGUAUUCCUUUAAGUCUCUACUCGGUAGCAGGCUUCUUGAAUAUGAUGUCUUUAAUGUGGAAGUUGUUUCUCCAGAAUUUAACGUCGGGGGCUCUAAAUACGUCAUGGCCGAUGUUGAGGUGGCUCGUGUCACUGAUUACGGUAAGUUGUUCUAUGUAAGAACUCAUCUGGGCCAUAUAUUAAAACCUGGAGAUCGUGCUCUCGGUUAUGACCUAUAUGGUGCCAACAAUAACGAUAAUGAGCUAGACAAGUAUCAGAAUCUUGUAAUUCCCGAAGUGAUUUUGUUAAAGAAGAGCUACGAAGAGAAACGCCAGAAGAAGCGUGGGAAGCCUCGUCCUUGGAAGCUUAAGUCUCUUGAUAUGGAACUCGAUGAAUCCAAAGGUAGAGGAUACGAAGAAAAGAUGAACACGGAAUACGAAGAGUUCUUAAGAGAUUUAGAAGAGAACCCUGAAUUACGGUUCAACUUAUCGCUGUACCGCAACAAAGAUUACCAACCAUCGGAAAUGGCAUCUAUGUCAGAUGGCGAUGAUGUGCCUUCAGUUCCAUUGGAAGAGUUGCUUGCUGAUCUCGAGUUGAGCGAUAAGGAAGAUGGUGACGAUAGCAUGAAAGACUAAUGAUCAAAGUCGCAGUUUUCUAUAAUUGAUUAAUUUCUUGUGAGUUUUGCUUGAAAAUGGUGUUUUGAGUUAUUUGCUUUUAUGCCCUUUCUUUCUAAAGCGAAUAAAGUUUUGUUGCUGCCCUGUUAAACUGGGAAGCUUUUGGUUGCUUUCAUGGAGUCCUUUGAGUGAAGACAAUCUCGCUUUUGCUCUCA